AUGAAACCGGUUCUCGUAGUCAUCUUUUCACUAAUUCUAGCGGCAGCCGAGUCAAAAGGGACGGUUGAGCGCCCACUUUUUGGUAUGAGCGUGAAGAUGAAGCGUAGCAUGGAUCGUGGCGUAGCUCGCGAGCGAUGCGAGAGUCUACACCAACCGAUAGGCGGCGUCGAGAAAUCCAUGCUUUUUGGCAAGACCCAUGGAGCAUCACCUGGUAAAAUUGUGGCUGUCCGCAACACUAAACUGCUCGGUCCAGGGACGGAUCAGAGCCGGGUCCGUGGUGUCCAUCACCAGUCUCCCGUCCGACGAGCAACACGCCGCUCAGACCUUUUACGCAGCACCGGUCGUGCGCGCGGAAAUUCUUGA